UGUGAACAGCAAGAACAAACAAAUGCUUCAAAACACCUUCCUCGCCCUCUCUCUACUUCUCUAUAUCCCAGCACUCUCCACGGCUUAUUUGGAAAGAACAGAUUUCCCAUCAGAUUUCAAGUUUGGAGCAGCAUCUUCAGCUCUUCAGACAGAAAGUUCGCCUCAUGAAGGUGGGAGGGGAUCAGGAACAUGGGAUUUCUUCCUUGGAGACAUCCCAGCAGUUCAAUCCUACUACAAAUACAAAGAUGAUGUACAGUCCUUGAAGAACAUGAACGUGAAGAACUACAGAUUCUCCAUUUCUUGGCCCCGGUUAAUUCCAAAUGGAAAAUUGAGUUCUGGGGUCAACCAAAAGGGCAUCGAUUUCUACAACAAUUUGAUAGAUGAACUGAUUGCUAAUGGCAUUGAGCCUUUUGCGACACUAUUCCACUUUGACUUGCCCUCGGCUCUGCAAGACGAGUACAAUGGCCUGUUGAGCUUAAACUUUGUGGAUGACUUCAAAGACUAUGCCGAUCUUUGUUUCAAGAGCUUUGGAGAUAGAGUGAAGCACUGGAUAACUAUUAAUGAACCACAUGUGUUUGCUUCUGAGGGAUACAAAAUGGGUUUGCCCAUACAAAAUGAUCCAAAGAGGCAUCCUUACGCGGCUGCUCAUAACAUCAUAUUGGCCCAUGCCGUCACUUUUAAACUCUACCAAGAUACCUACAAGCCAACCCAAAAGGGAGAAGUAGGGAUUUCUUUGAGCGCCCAGUGGUUUCUGCCAUAUGCCCCAUUGCCAUCAGAUAAACAAGCAGCACAGAGAGCUUGGGACUUCAUGACUGGAUGGUUCUUGGAUCCAUUAGUAACUGGAGAUUAUCCAUUCAGCAUGAAGGCCAUAGUGAGGGAUAGGCUUCCCACAUUCACCCAGGAAGAGGAAGAAGUGGUUAGGGGGUCUUUUGAUUUCAUUGGCAUCAACUACUACACAUCAAGAUACACCAAAUCCCUAAAGAUAGAACCCAGUGAUGUCCCUACCAGCUUUGACAAAGACCAUUAUCUCCAAACGCUGACUGAGAAAGAUGGAGUACCUAUUGGUAAACAGGCUGGAGGUUUCGACCAGAUCUAUAUAUAUCCAGCAGGUUUGGGUGAAGUUCUAUUGCAUUUGAAGGACUCAUAUAGUAACCUCAAGAUCUAUAUCACUGAGAAUGGAUAUCCAGAGAAAAGGAACGACUCCCUUGAAAUUCAAACAGCACUUCAAGAUGACGUGAGGAUUCACUUCCUCCAAGACCAUCUCAAACAUGUCAAAAAGGCAUUGAGAGAGGGAGCUAACAUCAAAGGGUACUUCAUAUGGUCGCUGUUGGACUGCAUGGAAAUGGGAUCAGGAUACACCAUUAGAUUUGGGCUAAACUAUGUAGAUUAUGGUGAUGAUUACAGGAGGUAUCCCAAAAAAUCAGCAACUUGGCUCAGGGAGUUUCUCACAGACUGUUAGCUUGAAAUCAACUCCAAACUUAUGCCGUCAUUCUAAGUUUAUGGUUGCUGCUGUAUUUGAAUUGAGUAGAUUUCCAGAAUGGCUACGCCUUACUAGCAAUGAUUUUAUGUUUCAUUUUUCAAAAAAAAGGAUAAGUUUAUCACUGGCACUAUUCCAGCUGCGGGAAGGAUAGAAAUUGUUGUAUAAUUUAUAUCAGUCUGUAUCACAUAAAUAAAUUCACCAUCUUUCAGGUUCCACUAGAA